GAGAUUUGGCGCUGAGGAGCCGCAGCCAGAGCCACUUUUGAGGGACUGGAAAGGGAAAUUAUGGGAUAAGUAACUGACCAAUGCAGCAGAGACACAGAGGAACCCUCCCCACACUCUAAAAGAAAACCAGAGGACAAUGAAUGAAAAUAGCCAAGAUGACCCCGACUUGCACGAGAAGAGGGUUUUGGAGUGUCCCCCUCUUGCCACCUCUGACGCGAGGUCUCGGGAUUGUGUUGGGGAGGGCAUGGUGCAGGACCUGGCACCGAGUGAUGAUGGCAACAUGGGACAGAGACCGGUGCUGCUAUCGUCCACCCUUUCAGAGCUGGCGUCACGAUUCGACGCUGGCAACCUGAUCAAAGUGGACUCGAUGCUGAACCAACCCUGCCAAUACCUCGAAGGGGUGUCGGUGUUCAGCGUCAAUGACGGAGCCACGACAUCGAAGGAGGGAGUCCCUGAGGAAGUGGGUACUCAGUGCACGGAGGAUAUUCGAGAGAUAAGGACUUCUGCCAUGGGUGAGGCUUCCACUAGUGUGGGAGAGAAGCGAGAAGACAACGAGAAUCCCUCGGAUGGAAACACAGCGGAGAGUAAUGGCGAUGAACAAGGGAGGAAGAUUGACCUGCUGGAUGCUGCCCCUUUCCUCAUGAGUGAAGACGGGGUUGUUUUCCAGUGUUUUCCUGUCUUCGAGAAGGAGGUGUUCAUUGUGAGCCUGGAGGACGAGGCCUUGCUCAUGAACGACGCACUCCCUGAGAACAUCCCUGUCACCCCUGAGAUCAUACUUGAGGAGAAUAAUGAGCUUCAGUUACCUGACACCUGUGAUAAUAGCUUCCCAAAGCAAAUCAGUUUAGAUGCAGUAGGAAAACAAGAAGAUCAGGACGGGGAGCUGCAUGUUGCAGAAGAGAAAAGCAAUUUGCCAGAACCCAAACUGAACCCACAGACAGAAGAAAAAGAAGGUGGCAGACAUGAAUUGACAUCAUGUCACGAGCCAGACCCACCAAGUGUCAUGGAACUUGAAAGGGCAAAAUCAUCACCUCCUUUACCUGACAUACCCAAGACUCCAGAAGAAGGUGAGGAAGAUUCAUCCUCAGAAAAAUCAAAGAAGAGGAAGAUAUGUGCAGUAGCCUCACCAAAUAAACCAGUCAUGCGCAAGGCCAAAGCAACUCCAGUAGAAUCAGAGGAGCCUCUUUUGUCAGAAUGGUUCAGGUGCUACGUCUGUUCCGUUGUUCUUCCAUCUGCAGCAACUCUAAGGCAUCAUCUUGUGAAACAGCACACAGAAAAGACCAUAGAGUCAUAUCAGUGUUUCCUUUGUGAGCAAGAAUGCUGGAGUGAGACCCAGCAGGAGUGGCACCUGCGAGUCCAGCAUGGGGUGAAGAACAAGGCUUUGGCAUGCCCAGUGUGUGGCUACCAGCUCUUCACAGCAGCUGAGUGCAAGGCUCAUGUCCGCAAGCAUCCCUCUACCCUCCUUUGCCCCAGCUGUCCUCUCAAGUUUGCUGCUCAGCAUCAGCUGGUUGCCCAUGCGAAGGAGCACUUGGCCAAGAUUCGUCCCCAUCUGUGCCUCAUCUGUGGCGCCAGAUUCACCUGUGGCAGCACUCUGCAGUUGCAUUCCUGGCGACAUGCCUUGCAGCGGUGCUCCCAGGAUGGAUGCGAGUACCUGGCAGAGGAUGAGAGCUGGCUGAUGCUGCAUCUCCAGAGGCAACACGACCUCAGCACCAGUGAAGUCCGCGAGAUCCUGAUUGCCCGGGAUUCAUCCGAUCGCAAGAUGGAUCUACUUUUAGAGAGAUAUUUGCAGAUGAGGGCUCAGAAUGCAUCAGUCUGUCCUCCAGCAUCCAAAGAGAGUGAGAAGCUUGUGAACAAAGAUGUGCCACCAAGUAGAGACCCUGAUAGCCAGCUUCCCUUGUGUUUGAUGACAGGCAGCGCCCACAAGGAACAUACCACCAGCUGUGACAACGAUUUCAGCGCUGCACAGGAUGUAGUCGGUAGCUUAGUAGAGGCCGUAGCUAGCGUUGCAGAAGAUGAAGGGAAAAAGCCCAAGAACAAGGAAGAUGCUCUGCAGAAGGUGAUCGAGAAGGGACCCUCCUUGCAUCGCUGUGGCCUGUGCAAUAUGUACCUCUCAUCUCUGGAGGAGCUCACUGCACAUAAAGACGGGCACAGUCAGGUAAUAGAGUGCGACAAGUGUCAGAAGAAAUUCCAGAGCGUAAAGCAGCUGAAGAGACACCUGAGCAUCCACAAGACACAGGACCAAACUUCGCCGUCAGGAGGACCCGUCAUCAAGGCACCCCUACACUACUCUUGCUUGGAAUGCGGGAAGACCUGCCGUUCAGAGUCAGCACUGAGUCGGCACCAGGGCACCCAUUCCCGCAGUCAGGGCCAGCAGCAGUGCACCAUCUGCAAGAGGAGGGUUCGGACGAGAGCGCACCUCACGGAGCACAUGGCCCGUGUUCAUAAGGUAUUGUGUCUAAGGGGGAAAGUAUGUUAUGCGUUGGGGUCCUGUGUCAAGAAGGGGGAAAGAUUGGAGGGGUUUUGGGAUGAAGUUGGAGGUGAUCCAUAA